CUGGCAAGUGAAGGCUAGAGGAGCCAGGAGUGGGGUCUUAGGCCAGCCCUCUGACGGUGGGACUUUAGGAGGAGAAAGGGAGCUUUGCAUUUUGAUUAAAGCCCUUAAACCUUCUUCAGUCUGUAGGCAGGGGACUGGGGAAGGACUCCUCUCAGCUGGGCAAAGAAGAAGAAGAAAAGACCCUAAUCCCCCCCAUUCCCCAGCCACACAUUGGGUUUGUUCCUCCUUAUGGCUGUGUAGUGACCGUGGACUCUCGCAAGGAGCUGGUGCUGUUCAUUUCAAUCCCGAGGUUCCUUAUCACCUGGGGAUCCCCAGUCUGUGGAGUUGGACAUGGAGAGGUGGAGCACAAGGUGGAAAACGAAAAGGAGGUUGUGGGAUUUAUCCCUCAGCUCCUUAGUUCUCAUCACUUUGACUUUCCUUUUUCAAGCUGCAGAGGUCAGAGGAGCUGGACCUGUUGAUGUACUCAGAAAAUUAGAAUUUCACAGUUUACCACAAGGCGUAUCUAACACAGCAGGAUUUUGCACAAACAGAAGGACAGCCAGAGGAUCAGAUACAGCAUUUAGAGUUCAGAAAAAUGCCAAGCUUAGUGUCCCAACAAAGCAAUUAUUUCCAGGCGGAGCAUUCCCAAAAGAUUUCUCAGUCCUGCUGACAGUCAAGCCAAAGAAGGGUCUGCAGUCAUUCCUCCUUUCCAUCUAUGAUGAAAAAGAUGUAGAGCAGCUUGGAGUGGAGAUUGGAAGGUCCCCUAUCUUCGUAUAUAAAGAUCAUCUAGGAAAACCUACCCAUGAGGAGUAUCCCAUUUUUAGCUCUGUUAACGUUGCAGAUGGCAAGUGGCACCGUGUUGCUAUCAGCGUGGAAAAGAAGAAGGUUACAAUUAUCGUAGACUGCAAGAAGAAAACCACAUUACCCCUCCCAAGGAGCGACAAUCCUGUGCUGUACACCAAUGGAAAGGUUUUGUUUGGAUCCCGCAUAUCAGAUGAGGAAGUGUUUGAGGGUGACAUCCAGCAGCUAUUAAUUAGUGAUGACCCCAAAGCUGCAUAUGACUACUGUGAAUAUUUCAUGCCGGACUGUGACUCUCCAGUCCCCAACCUACCGCAAGCCCAAGAACCACAGGUGGAUGAGUAUGCACCUGAAGAGCUAAUCGAGUAUGACUAUGAGUAUGGGGACCCAGAUUACAAGGAGACUGAGCUUGUAACAGAGGCACCCUCACUAACUGAAGAACUCAUAGCUCAGACAGAGAGGAAGAAAGCCAGUUCCAAAACGAAGAAGAAGCCAGUACCCCCUAAAUCAAAGGACAAACCCCAAAAGGUUACGCCCAAAAACUCAUUUGCAGCUAAGAAGAAGAAGGGCAAGACCGAUUACCAGGCGUCAGCAAGAAAAAGAAUAGGGGCCAAUGUGGUUGACUACAAUCAAUACAGUGAAGGAGACUAUGGUUAUCAGACAGAUACUCCUGCUCUUACUACAGGACACAAUGAGCAAAAACCAGAGGAGGAGUCCUUUGUGGAGGAAUCCAUUGUGGAGGACCCAUUUGUGGAAGAGUACAUAACAGGAGAGGACUAUGACUCAGAGAAAAAGCUGGUUGAGGAAACAGAGUAUGGGGUGAAAACUGUUAGCCCCACAGAGUCUGAGCCAGUAGUAGGAGGAGGUUUAGGAGAAUAUGAUAUUUAUGACUAUAAGGAGUAUGAAGAGAAGCUCCCCAACCCUACCACACAAGAGGUCGGCCCUGGUGUACCUGCUGAAACUGAUAUCUCUGAAACCAGCGUGACCAAUUAUGGUGGGUAUGGCGAGAAAGGCGAAAAAGGGGAACCAGCAGUAAUUGAACCGGGAAUGCUAAUUGAAGGCCCCCCUGGACUGGAAGGACCUGCUGGUCUUACUGGUCCACCUGGUUUGCAAGGACCUUCUGGUACUCCUGGAGAUCCUGGUGAGAGAGGUCCACCUGGUCGAUCCGGAUUACCAGGUGCUGAUGGGUUACCAGGGCCUCCAGGCACUAUGCUGAUGUUACCGUUCCGAUAUGGAGGCGAUGGAGAAAAAGGACCAACAAUCUCAGCCCAAGAAGCACAGGCUCAGGCUAUUCUUCAGCAAGCUCGGAUUGCCAUGCGUGGGCCUGCAGGCCCGAUGGGACUUACUGGAAGAUCUGGCCCAGUGGGAUCACCUGGAGCUCCAGGAAUUAAAGGAGACCCAGGAGACCCAGGCCCUCAGGGUCCUAGAGGAAUUCAGGGAUCAUCUGGACCCAUGGGAAAAUCCGGGAAAAGGGGAAGGUCUGGAGCUGAUGGAGCCCGUGGAAUGCCAGGAGAGUCUGGAUCCAAGGGUGACAGAGGUUUUGAUGGUCUCCCAGGUCUCCCCGGUGAAAAGGGACAUAGGGGUGACAAAGGUCCUCAGGGUCCACCAGGACCUCCUGGUGAAGAUGGAGAGAGGGGAGAAGAUGGAGAAGUUGGACCAAGAGGGCUUCCCGGUGAACCUGGUGAAAGAGGAUUAUUAGGACCAAGAGGAUCACCAGGACCUACUGGACAGCCUGGCGUUGCUGGUGUGGAUGGACCUCCAGGCCCCAAAGGAAACUUGGGUCCUCAAGGAGAACCUGGCCCUGCAGGUCAACAAGGAAUUCCAGGCCCUCAAGGUCUCCCCGGUCCACAAGGCUCCAUCGGUCCACCUGGUGAGAAGGGUCCACACGGAAAGCCUGGUUUGCCUGGAUUACCUGGAGCUGACGGACCACCUGGACAUCCUGGUAAAGAAGGCCCCACAGGAGAGAAGGGAGCAGCGGGUCCUGCUGGUCCCCAAGGCCCAAUUGGUUACCCUGGACCUAGAGGUGUUAAGGGAGCAGAUGGUGUCCGAGGAUUGAAAGGAGGCAAAGGAGAAAAGGGUGAAGAUGGAUUUCCAGGAUUUAAGGGUGACAUGGGUCUUAAAGGAGACAGAGGAGAAGUUGGGCCUUUAGGUCCUAGAGGGGAAGAUGGCCCAGAAGGUCCAAAAGGAAGAGCUGGUCCAUCAGGAGAAUCUGGUCCUCUUGGUCUUGCUGGUGAAAAGGGUAAACUUGGAGUCCCAGGAUUGCCAGGAUACCCAGGUCGACAGGGUCCCAAGGGUUCUACAGGUUUCCUUGGAUUUGCAGGAGCCAACGGCGAAAAAGGAGCUCGGGGUGUAGCUGGCAAACCAGGUCCAAGGGGACAACGAGGUCCAACGGGUCCACGUGGUGCUAGAGGUCCAAGAGGUCCUACAGGAAAACCAGGUCUUAAGGGCACAGCAGGCAAUGAUGGUCCACCUGGCCCACCUGGUGAAAGAGGACCUCAAGGACCACAGGGCCCAGUUGGGUUCCCAGGACCGAAGGGCCCCCCUGGACCUCCUGGAAAGGAUGGAUUGCCCGGCCACCCCGGACAGCGAGGAGAAACAGGUUUCCAAGGAAAAACUGGGCCUCCUGGUCCUGGAGGUGUAGUAGGUCCUCAGGGUCCCACUGGAGAAACUGGUCCCAUUGGUGAGAGAGGACACCCUGGCCCACCAGGACCCCCUGGAGAGCAAGGUUUACCUGGAUCAGCUGGGAAGGAGGGUGCAAAGGGAGAUCCCGGUCCUUCCGGUGUGUCUGGAAAAACUGGUCCUCCAGGUCUGCGUGGUUUCCCUGGCGAAAGAGGUCUACCUGGAGCUUCGGGUGCUGCAGGUUUGAAGGGAGGAGAAGGACCCCAAGGCCCACCUGGUCCACUUGGAUCUCCAGGUGAGAGAGGAGCUGCAGGCACUGCUGGACCAAUUGGUCUGCCAGGAAGACCAGGACCUCAAGGCCCACCAGGACCAGCAGGGGAGAAGGGGGCUCCAGGAGAGAAAGGACCUCAAGGACCAGCAGGACGAGAUGGAAUACAAGGCCCAGUUGGACUUCCUGGACCUGCAGGUCCCCAAGGGCAACCUGGAGAAGAUGGUGACAAGGGAGAAAUUGGAGAACCAGGACAGAAAGGAGGAAAGGGCGACAAAGGAGAACAGGGUCCUCCUGGACCAGGAGGUCUACAAGGUCCUGUUGGAGCACCAGGUCCAGCGGGUUCUGAUGGAGAGCCAGGUCCUAGAGGCCAACAGGGAAUGUUUGGACAGAAGGGAGAUGAAGGUUCUCGUGGAUUCCCAGGUCCUCCUGGCCCAAUUGGUCUUCAAGGUCUUCCUGGACCCCCAGGCGAAAAGGGUGAAAAUGGAGAUGUUGGUCCUAUGGGUCCACCUGGUCCCCCUGGUCCUAGAGGUCCUCAAGGUCCUAACGGUGCUGAUGGUCCUCAAGGUCCUCCUGGAUCCAUUGGAUCUGUUGGUCCAGUUGGUGAAAAGGGUGAAUCAGGAGAAGCUGGAAACCCAGGUCCCCCAGGAGAAGCUGGCAUAGGUGGUCCUAAAGGCGAAAGGGGAGAGAAAGGCGAGGCUGGACCCCCAGGCUCUGCAGGGCCUGCUGGUCCCAAGGGACCUCCAGGAGAUGAUGGUCCUAAAGGAAAUCCUGGUCCCGUUGGAUUCCCAGGAGAUCCUGGUCCACCUGGAGAACCUGGUCCAAGUGGACAAGAUGGUGUUUCUGGUGAUAAAGGAGAAGAUGGAGAAUCAGGACAGCCUGGUCCACCUGGUCCCUCAGGAGAAGCUGGACCACCAGGACCUCCAGGAAAGAGAGGACCUCCUGGUGCUUCUGGUUCAGAAGGAAGACAAGGAGAGAAAGGUGCAAAGGGUGAGGCUGGAGCAGAAGGAGCACCUGGCAAAACUGGUCCUGUUGGACCACAGGGACCUGCUGGGAAACCAGGGCCUGAAGGACUUAGAGGAAUUCCUGGGCCUGUGGGAGAACAAGGCCUUCCAGGUGCCCCUGGGCAGGAUGGACCUCCAGGCCCAAUGGGUCCUCCCGGUUUACCAGGUCUAAAAGGAGAUCCCGGUACAAAGGGUGAGAAGGGACAUCCAGGUCUGAUUGGUCUGAUUGGGCCACCAGGAGAGCAGGGUGAGAAGGGUGACAGAGGACUUCCCGGUUUACAAGGUUCUCACGGAGCCAAAGGAGAUGGCGGUAUAACAGGCCCGGCUGGUCCCACAGGUCCACCUGGAUCCCCCGGUUUACCUGGUCCUCAAGGUCCUAAGGGUUCAAAGGGAUCAAAUGGUCCAUCUGGUCAGAAGGGAGAUGGUGGUCUUCCUGGACCUCCUGGUCCACCUGGCCCUCCUGGGGAAGUGAUCCAACCAUUGCCUAUCCAGUCACCAAGGAAGACCCGAAGAUCUUCAGAUGAUAUGAUGGCAGAUGCUGGAGACUACACCAUGUACGAAGAUGAAAAGAACCAGCUAUUUAAUUCCGUGGAUAAACUAAAAGAACAAGUUCAGAACAUGAAAUUUCCCACAGGAGAGCGUGACAACCCAGCAAGGACAUGCAAAGACCUGCAGCUUAGUCACCCAAAAUUCACCGAUGGUGAAUACUGGAUUGAUCCAAACCAGGGCUGCUCCAGUGAUUCAUUGAAAGUUUACUGCAAUUUCACAGCUGGAGGAGAGACUUGUAUAUAUCCAGACAAGAAAUCAGAAGGAGUGAGGAUAUCAUCCUGGCCUAAAGAAAAACCUGGCUCAUGGUUCAGUGAGUUCAAGAGAGGAAAGCUGCUGUCUUAUGUGGACACUCAGGGUAACACCAUUAACCAAGUACAAAUGACCUUCCUGAGACUCCUCAGUCAAUCUGCCCGGCAAAACUUCACCUAUACUUGUCAACACUCUGUUGCUUGGCAUGACAAUGUGGCCAAGCACUACAACAAAGCCCUAAGGUUCCUUGGAUCCAAUGAUGAGGACAUUUCCUAUGAUAACAACCCAUACAUCAGACCUUUGCAUGAUGGCUGUGCGCUGAAGAAAGGAUAUGCACGAACAGUCCUGGAAAUUAACACCCUGAAGAUAGAUCAGCUGCCCAUUGCAGAUGUAAUGAUCAGUGACUUUGGGGAGCAGCACCAGAAAUUUGGAUUUGAGGUCGGACCGGUCUGCUUCUUAGGUUGAGACUGGAAUGUGGACAAGCAGCUUAAUAAAAAAAAUUAAAAUAUGUAAAAAAAUGUUUUCUUAAAAAAAAAAAAAAAAGCAUCAGGCUUGGGA